AUGUUCAUUUCAGACUUGGCAGAUGCUGUAAUUGAGAGUCUUCCAUAUGUGGGAGCUAUGGCAGUUUCAAAUCUUGAAGCUAGACAGUCAUUAGUUCCCCUGGGCAGUGUGGAGGAGUUAUUGGCAACUUAUGAUUCACAACGAAGGGAGCUCCCACCACCUGUGACAGUUUGGGAAUGGGGUUGGACGAAAAGUGCUGAAACUUGGAAUGGCAGAGCAGCCAUGCUGGCAGUGCUUGUGCUGUUGCUACUAGAGGUCUCAACCGGAGAGGGAUUUCUGCAUCAGUGGGGGAUAUUGCCCUUGUUCCGCUAA